UAGCAAAAAAACAGAUUGUUGAGAAGAACUCGUGUUUUGAUUUCAGUCGUAUCGAAAUAUUCGCGAUGUUGACAUAUCGGUAAAUUGAACACACAGGUCGAUCGUCAUAGACGUUUAAUUCGUUAAUCUUCUUUUUUUUUUUGGAUAUCAUCGCGAGUUCUAGAUAUACAUUGCGCGUCAAAAAGUGAGUGUGAGUUACAUUAAAAUUGUUAUUUGAUUGUGAUUUUCGGAAUUAUUCAAGGUCAGAUGCCGCGAGAAAAAUCGUCGUUAAAGGGUGGUACGGUUAGUGGUGAUGGCAGUGUGACGCCUAUUAGAAAGGAGCGACUGAGCAAAUCCAAAAAAGAACUAGCUGAAGAAGCUAAACGUGUUCUACACCAGGUCGAUCGAGUGGACUGCAUUUCAUCGCCUCAGGGUGUUGAUCCAGAAAAGUUCUACACGCUUCAGAAUCGGAAAAAGAAGAAAGAAUACUUCUCAGGUUCCCUUGAUCGUAAAAGGAAAUCAAUAGAACUUGUCCCGCCUAAAAAACCGCCGCGAACUUUCGCCGCAACCAAAUAUUCUCAAAAACCCUCAGUUUUCGAUAUAUUCAAAAAGGAAAAACCUGCCCUUCCAAAAAAAUCGAAUCUACGUCGAACAGUUAGCGAUUUAUCAACCACCGGAACCAAAUAUAACGAUAACAAGUUUCGUAAACGAUCCGGAAGUGAUAGUGAAGAAUUUUUGAAGAGAAAAAACGAAAAGAAACAACUCUCGCCGAUUAUAGAAGUGACACAAAGAGAAGAUUAUUUUUCCGCCCCGGAAUUAGACAACGACCAAAACAAAGAGAACGUCGAACCGAAAGGAUUCGUUAGAAAGAAGAAAAAAGAGAGUAUCGCCGAACAACUGAAACAAUUCAUCGACGAAGUCGAUGAGGAAAUAUACAAAGAAACCGGUGUAAGAGUCCCUCCUACGGAGGAACAAAAACUACCGCAACCCGUUAUAAUAGACGUAGAAAAAGCAGAACAAAUUUCGAAUAAAGAAAAAAAAUUCAAACAUUCAGUUCUAGCUCGAAAAUUGAAAUCAAUCACAAGAAAAAAGAAACCACCAAAUGAAGCUGAUAAGAAUAAAAAAAACGAAUUUAUUAAAAAGAAGCACGCAAAAAUAAUAAAAAAAGAAGAAGAAAUCCCCAAUCCCAUAAUUAAAAAAACCAUUAAUAAUCUAACGAAUCCAAAAGAUUCUCCGAAAAUGAUCCACAGUAGCCAAAUGCCACCGGAAAAACCACCCUUAACGAAAGGUCGUAAAGUUAACACUCUAGUUAAAAGAUUAAGUAACGAAUCAACUUCACCCCCGCCCUUGAAAACGAACGUCGUAAUUUCUCCACAUAAUUCCGUACAACACAAUAACAACCAACCUUUCUCUUACACUAGAGGCUUGAGCCCCGACAAAUCUCCAUCUAAAGAAACUUCGCCAACUGCAGGGAGCCCAAUUAUAUACGCUCAAGUAAUUUGCGGAAAUAACGGCAACUCAUACACAAAACAAACCAUACACACCAGCUACAAUAAAAAAAAUACGCAUUCAGAUUCUGACGAAGGACUCGGGUACGAAGAACACGUUAAUUACAAAACCCUAACUAAAUUCGGGGAAGAUUACGACGAAGUCGAUAAAUAUCAAGAAGAAAACCCCAUUACUCCUAAAUUCAAAAAUCCCGCGUAUUUAAACGGUUAUUCCACCAACGAAAAAGAACAAUCACCCAGAUAUCUAGAUUCGUCCGCUAGAGGUCGCGGCGACGGAAUGGACAGUAAACGAAAGACAGAAAUUUUCGAAUCUCAGGAACAAUAUUUAACAUGCUUAUCCAAUAAUCUAACAGCAAGAAGAGAUCAAUUAGAAUCUAGAAUCAACCGGAGGGUAACGGAUAAUUCGAUACGUACCUCACCGGAAUAUUUAAAAAAUACCUACCCUACCAACGUUUAUAUAUAUAAAAACGGUACUGCCAGUCCGGAUAAAUACGGAAAACCGCAUAUUAGAGAAACUAAAUACGUGCAGUACAUCGAGGAACAGUAUCAAUUCGAUAACGAACCGAAAAGUUUCGAUUCCCAAAUUAGUUCGUCACCUGAAAAUAGAAGAUACAACAACAUUUCCAGAUCUAACCAAGAUUCCCUUCGAAGAAGAACCGAUUCAUAUAAUUACCGUUACGAAGAAAACGAUAGAAGAGAAAGAUUCGUCGAUUCCGGUAUCGAAAAUGAUUUCCGGAAAGAAUCUACUGAUAAUUUCAGAUCUCGAUCGAGAAGGAGUCGGAAAGAUUAUUGCAACGAAAGUGAAGACGAAGGUUUUGCUAGUUCGUUAUUGAUAGCCAGCGAGAGGCAACAUACCGAAGAGAAUAUCGGUCAAAGGAGACAUGGGGAUUACGAUUCCGAUAGGGCGGUUUCGAGGGAGGAUGAUCCUUAUAGACACGUCGAAACUAUGGAUUACAAAAGUAAAGUGAAUGAAUAUAUACCGAGGGAGAGAAGUAUCGAUGACGGAUCGCAUUAUGAUCCUAGAAUUGAUAAAAGCGUCGAAGUUUUUAACGGCAAAAAAAGCGAGAAGAAACCUCCGAGACCGGAAAAGAAAAGCGGACUUGAUAAGGUAAAGUCGUUGUUCAGUCGAGAUACGAAGAAGAAGAAAGAGAAAGUCGAAAUGGUACCCGAAGAAAAUUUAAGAGCGAGAUAUAUAGAAUAUAAAGGACGAGGAGAGCCCGUAGGGUAUACAUUGAAGAAACAAGAAAUUAGGAACCACGACUAUGUUAACCGAAGGAGAUUAUCUACCCCAAGUCCCAGUCCAACACGUGAACAUCGUAACGUUAAGACUGAAUCGACAAACGGAAGUUGGUUCAAAUCUUUAGACAGAUUAUCGCGAAAAAAAUCGAAAAAGGGCGAAAAGGAGUUGAAUUUCGCCAGUGGAACUGAAGAAGAAACUCCUACGAAACCAACGAAAAAUCUUCGAUUCUUCGGAGAUACCGAUCAAGAAUCAAACGACAGUAUACGUCAUAAAACUAGUACUAAACCCCGGUCGAGAUUACCGUCCAGAAAUAGUAGUCAAUCGACACGCGAUCUCCACAACAUUUCCGAAGAGUUUAAAGCGCCAAGGAGCAGAUACAAAUCAAUGACGAAUGUUUCAGAAACUGAAAGAGAAAGUAGAAGUUCUAAAGUAAGUCUUAAACCGCCUAUGUCGCCAAACCAUCGGACUCCAAGGGAUGUAUCACGACAAGAUAAAGACAGACCAAGAAGAAGGAAAAAUGAAGUGAGUUCCGUUGAAAGUUCCACCGAAGGAGAAAGCAGUCAACAAUCCCAACGAAGCGUUGUGUAUCUACAUGCUGCUACAGUUGGUGAUAUUCCUGGACCUGGUUACAUGAAAAAUGGUCGUCGAGCUGCGUCCAGAGAAGAAUUAGCUUCCAAUGCAUCGAGAGUCCAACAAGUCAAAACAUUGAGUCGAUCUUUUUCCGUUUUAGCACCUUGGAGACCGCGCAGUACUAAAGAUAAUAUCGAUAUCGAUUAUACCCAGUAUUCGAAAAACGGAAAGAGUAGUAAAUUCGAACAAAAAGCAUCGAAAAGUCCAUCACAUCGUAAAGAAAAUUCUUCUACUCUGAAGAAAAAAGCGCAAGAGUCCAAAAAAAAAGAAUCAACUUUGAAUAAAAUAUCCAAAUCGAAAGAAAAUUUGAGUUCGCAUACUUUAGGAAGAUCCAGAGACGAUUUAUCUAAAGGAUCCAAUUCGACAUUAUAUAAGAAAAAAGAUCGUCUACCAAGAGAAAAUUCUCGAUACAAUCGAGAAAAAGAAGAAAAGAAGAUAUCGUCAAAAAGCCUCUCGGUGGAAUCUCUAAGUAGAGGCGAACGAAGAAAUCGAGAUAUUUCUAGAUCCGUAUCGAUGCCAAGAGAUCCAGAAAAAUCCGCCGGGUGGUUUAAGAUAUCCAAAAAAAGUAAAAUGAACAGCGUACAAAGACUGUGAUUCCGCGCACGUUUUACUUAAUCACAAUUCAGUGGCGUAUCGAUAUUUUAUCAAACUCUUUUAACUUUUCAUUAACUUAAUUGGUAUAAUUCUAUCAUCACCAUAUUAAAUAUGUGGAAAGCUAAUUUAAUGACAUAUUCGGUUACCGAGGACAUAAUUUACUGAAAAUGUGAACAUUCCAUUCGAAUACGCCACUGAAAAUAGUGCCAUUAAAUAAAAAGCUUGCGUUUUAUGUUCUCUCACGUUUACUGGUUAAAUUGUGUCCGAGAUGAACCAUUUUAAGUCUAAACUGACUCUUACUUAAUCAUGAAGUCUUUCUACCUUUUCAGAUGUAAGUCAUGCUGGAAUUAAAUCAUUACGUGGACACCCUUUUCCACGGCAGCUUAAAUUUUAAUUAAAUUUUUGAGUUGGUGCUUCAUAGAUCUUUCUCACUUUCAGCAUAACUCACUACGUCAUCUUCACUUAAACUUUCAUGACUCUUUUCGCGCUUUAUCUUCUUUUUUGCUUGAAAUUAUGAUCUUUGAACUACUUGUCAUGGAGAGACUAGUACAGUAACAUCCAAAAAAAGGGUGGCACAAUCUCAACACAUGAAUAGCAUUUAUUUCAAUGGUAAUGUAAUAACCUAAAAACCAAGAAAGAUAAAAUAUUUGUGACCAUUGUGGGCUACUAGCUUAGUAAUUUUUUAUAUACUUUCCUGCACGAGGACAGACAAACUUCAUUCGAUUAGCUAUCACUUUAAUCAACAAACUUUCAUGCAAAUUUUUCCAACUACAUGAGUCUAUUGGUUAAAUCAGAUGGUUUAAUUCUUUUAAGAUGCAGCCCGUCAUUACUCCAACCGUUUGAAUAACAGAAAAAAAAACAGGUUUACGAAAAUAUCAGGAGCGACUUAUACAACACUUCCACACUCUUCUGUUACCCCGAUACAGAUUCCAAUUUCUGCGAUAUUUUACUAAAAAUCCAAUUUUGUAUCAGAAUGACAGAAAAGCGAGGAGAUGUACUAAAAUACCAGGAGAAUAUUAUCCCUCACAUUCUCGCUCUUAUGUAUUAAAUAGAGUGAUUUUUUGUUGCAAUUUUUUCCUUAAGCUUCGUUUUUCUGAUAGCUUUUCUUGGAUAACAUUAGGUAGUUCCUCUUAUAGUUGGGUAUUCAUCGAAUCAGGCGUGACAGAACAAGCUUCCUCUUGAAUAAUUUAAGUGAGUUCUUCAACCGCAAGUUCUAUAUCCAAAUUUGUCUUUAGUCGGCAAUGUAAUGAGAUUUUUUCGUCUAACUUAUUUCGAAAUAGUAUCCAGUUAGUUUUGUGAUUGUAUAAAGAAGGCUGCUCACCUUUCUUUAGAAAUCUAGAAUGGUAUGUGAAUAUAACUAUGUGGUCCGACGAUAACUCUAGGGAGUUUCUUCCAGCAGUACACCUCUUGAUCUCAAUUCCUUUGGUAAAAGUCGAGAAGGUCUGGUAUUUUGUUAACAUCUGUGGGUCAGUAGGUUGGCUCACCUGUAGAGAUAUAUUUUAGGUGCAAAUUUAAAAACUUUUCUUCGUAGUUAACGUAAUUUAAUCAUUAUAUUAUCAUCUGUAAUGUAAUACUCCAAUUAAAUUUAUCCCAAGCUCUUUAUUUUCAAAAAUAGUGAUAUACUGAAAUUUAUUGUCCUUUUUUUUUCUUCUAGUUGGUAGGAGUCAGUUAGACCUCAUCAAGCUAUAAUAAUGUGCCUUAUGUAUAAUUUUUGGUAUGGUGAAAAUUUGUUUUCCUUUUCAUUACCUUAAAACCUAGUGAAAGGGAAUUUGAAUUUUAGUUUAAGUUAUCUCUAAUUCAAUCGCAUAUUCCACAAAGCUCAAAUUAAUAUUUGUAAAGAGGAUAAAUUCUUUUAACGUUUAAACAUAAUAGAAACUUAAACCUAAAAGAUGUUUUGGAUGGGUACAUGAUGUAGUAGUAUAUAACGUAUAUUCCACUUAAACCUUUCUAUCUUUGUAUCGCCCUUAAAAUAUUAUUUGAUCAGGAAAGGUUUUCUUCAAAAGUUGGCGAUAAUUCAAACAAUAGUAACAAAACAUGUCUUACAUACUGUCACCAUAAAAUCUAAGUUUGAAUUGAAUUUUACCCUAUCCAUGCUACAUUUAUUGCAGACUAAAUGUUCGAUAAGCCUACAAUGUUCUUUUUACAUUAAAGGAACGGGAAUCAAUCAAGGUCGUUAGAGUCGUGAGCUUUAAGUGGAAUGUAGCCAUGAUGGUGUGCAAUUCUCUGCUUCUUCUUUAUUUGACUACUUUAUUGAAAUAAUUGCAAGUGAUUCAAAAAUUCAAUAGCGUCUUUAUCACAAAAAUAGUAUAUGGGGAGUAGAGAUUUCAUUACAGCUCAAAAAGCUCACUAGAACGGCGUUCGUGCAUGGCUUUUUGGUAACUAUGAUCGGGUGCCAUUGCUUCAGCUCAGAAAAAAAGAAGUCCUUUAUUUCUAGGAGAAUAUCCUAUGGGAAUUGUUGGGAUACAUGAGCGCUGUGAAGACUGACAUUCUAGUGAAUCAAAACAAUUUCAAAAGUGAACAUACCUCUUCAUUUCUUGUAGAUAGCUCACAAUUCACACUUGGAUGGACAGUUAAAAACGAGAUCCACCUUUAGGUGACUGCAACUUAACGGAAAAUUUCGUGUUGGGCUCAACAAUGACAGAGUACUUGGAGCUGUACCCCUGGACAUUGCUACAACUCAGAAAAAAAAAGAUAAAAGUCCUUCGUUGCUAGGAGAAUAUCCUAUGGAAAUUGUUGGGUUACAUGAGCGCUGUGAGUACUGGCAUUGUCUUGGAUCAGAACAGUUUCAAAAGUGAGCAUACCUCUUCGUUUGUUUUAGAAAGCACACUUGGAUGAAAAAUCAAAAA